AUGGCAAGUUUACCAACACCAAGAGUAAAUUUCUCAAGGCCAUUUACACACAGCGGCAUAGACUAUACAGGACCAUUGCACAUUAAAUGCUCUCAAUUUAAGGGAUAUAAAACGCAUAAGGCGUUUAUAGCUAUUUUUGUAUGCCUAGCAACAAAGGCAAUUCACAUUGAGUUAACUUCAGAUCUGACAUCUCAAGGAUUUUUAGCAGCACUCAAACGAAUGAUAAGCAGACGUGGCGCAGUACGUCAUAUUUAUAGCGACAAUGGUACUAAUUUUACAGGUGCAAACAACAUUUUACAAAAGAUUCAAAUAGAGAAUCAUCUAGCCGAAACAGGUAUACGUUGGCAUUUCAUCCCUUCUGGCUCACCUCACUUUGGUGGUCUCUGGGAAUCAGGAAUAAAAUCCAUUAAAUAUCAUCUAGCUGGAAUUUUAGGUGACCAAAAAUUGACAUACGAGGAAUUAAGUACGGUUUUAACUCAAAUCAAAUGUUGUCUUAACUCACGACCACUCUGUCUAUUAACAGACAACAUUGAAGACCUUCAUGCGCUUACACCAGGACAUUUCAUUGUGAUGACUCCGGCAUUGAUAGUAUUAUUAACUUUGCAGAAACCAGACUAA